CUCCAUCCUGCCCUUCCCUUAACAACCGCAGUCCUUGCUCUCCUCCGUUGGCUGAGUGACGCAAUCCCUCCAUCAUCCAUCCUCCUCCCUCUUUCUUUGGCAGCAUCAGAGGCAGCUUGGAGGCGAAGGAUGUGGCAUCGCUGCCUAUGGGACUGCUGUGGGUUCUCUCUUUCCUCCAAAACACCAUCUUCAAGGAGGAGUCCAUGGCGGAGCUGAAGAUGCCCGGCUGCCUGGCCUCCUACGACCAACUGGUGCGGCAGGUGGAGGCCCUGAAGACGGAGAACACGCACCUGCGCCGGGAGCUGGAAGACAACUCCUUGCAUCUCUCUAAGUUGGAGAACGAGACCUCCGGAAUGAAGGAGGUUCUGAAGCACCUACAAGGCAAGCUGGAGCAGGAGGCCACGACCAUGGUGUCUUUGGGCCAAAUGGAGGUUCUGGAUCAGCUGAAAGCUCUCCAGAUGGACAUCACCAGCCUGUACAACCUGACGUUCCCCCCUCCGUCUGUGCCGGCACCCCCGCCCUCCUGCCCCGAGGACAGUCCAGCCCAUUCGGUGUCUCUCCAGAGGAAGGACAGCUUGGGGGACCUCAGCCGGGCCACCCUCCGGCUCCUGGAGGAACUUGACAGGGAGAGGUGUUUCCUGUUGGGUGAAAUUGAAAAAGAGGAGAAGGAGAAACUAUGGUAUUAUACUCAACUGCAAAGCCUUUCCAAGAGAUUGGAUGAGUUGCCGCACGUGGAGACAUUCUCCAUGCAAAUGGACCUGAUCCGCCAGCAACUGGAGUUUGAAGCCCAACACAUCCGGACUCUCAUGGAGGAGCGUUUUGGGACGACGGACGAAAUGGUGCAAAGGGCACAGAUCCGUGUCACUCGAUUGGAGCAGAUCGACAAGGAGUUGAUGGAGGCGCAAGACAAAGUGCAACAGUCCGAGACACCGCUCAGUGGGAAACGAUCGGACGGAGACGCCGCCACUGUGGAGAUCCCCACGCAUCCCGAAGAAGAAGGGGAGGACCAGCCGGGUGGCAGCAAGGUGGAGAUGGUCUUCUGGCUCCUCUCCAUGCUGGCCACCCGGGACAAGGAAGACAUGUCCCGCACCUUGCUGGCCAUGUCCAGCUCCCAGGAAAGCUGCCUGGCCAUGCGCAAGUCAGGCUGCCUCCCACUCCUGGUCCAGAUCCUGCAUGAUGCCGACCGGGGACCAGGUGCCCCCCAGAGCCCAGGGGCGGCCGGGAAGGACUGCCGCAUGCGGGCCAACGCCGCCCUCCACAACAUUGUCUUCUCGCAGCCGGACGAGGGCCAGGCCAAGAAGGAGAUGCGGGUACUGCACAUUCUGGAGCAGAUCCGGUCCUAUUCGGAAACCUGCUGGGAUUGGCUCAAGAUGCAAAACAGGGAAGCCGGGAAGAGCCCUGAUGGGGCAGCAGGUCCAGUCCCCAUUGAGCCCCAAAUCUGCCAAGCAACUUGUGCCACAAUGAAACUUUCCUUUGACGAAGAUUAUCGCCACGCCAUGAACGAACUGGGGGGUCUCCAAGCCGUCGCCGAGCUGCUCCAGGUGGACUAUGAAAUGCAUGGUGCGACCCAGGACCCGCUCAACCUGGCGCUCCGGCGCUACACUGGCAUGGCACUCACCAACCUCACUUUUGGGGACGUCGUCAACAAGGCUGCCUUGUGCUCCCGCCAAAGGUGCAUGCAGGCCAUCGUGGCUCAGCUGGCGUCCGACAGCGAGGAGCUGCACCAGGUGGUGUCCAGCAUCCUGCGAAACCUCUCCUGGAGGGCCGACAUCAACAGCAAGAAGGUUCUGCGUGAAGUGGGCAGCGUCACUGCCUUGAUGCAAUGCGCCUUGCGGGCCGCCAAGGAAUCCACGCUCAAGAGCAUCCUCAGCGCUUUGUGGAAUCUGUCUGCUCAUAGCACCGAGAACAAAGCAGCCAUUUGCGGGGUGGAGGGGGCCCUCGGCUUCCUGGUCAGCACCCUCACCUACAAGUGCCAGACCAACUCGCUUGCCAUCAUCGAGAGUGGAGGAGGCAUCCUCCGAAACGUCUCCAGUCUCAUCGCCACGCGGGAAGACUACCGGCUCGUCCUGCGGGAGCAUAGCUGCCUCCAGACCCUGCUCCAGCACCUGAAGUCCCACAGCCUCACCAUUGUCAGCAAUGCCUGCGGCACCCUCUGGAACCUCUCAGCUCGCAGCUCCAAAGACCAGGAGCUGCUGUGGGACCUGGGGGCGGUCAGCAUGCUCCGCAACCUGGUCCACUCAAAGCAUAAGAUGAUCGCCAUGGGCAGUGCAGCCGCCCUCCGCAACCUCCUGGCCAACCGACCCCUCAAGUACAAAGACGCCAUGGUUAUCUCACCGGGUUCCUGCAUGCCCUCGCUGUACAUGCGGAAACAGAAGGCGUUGGAAGCCGAGUUGGACGCCAAACACUUGGCCGAGACCUUUGACAGCAUGGAGAAGCAGACACUGAAGAGCCAAAGCUCCAAGAAGCCCAUGAGGCACAUUGACAGCUUGGCGAAGGACUAUGCUUCUGAUUCGGGGUGCUUCGAUGAUGAUGAGGUGCCCAAUGUCUCCAGCAGCGUAGAAACAGGCAACGCGUCGGUCCUCUCCAUGUUUCUUAACAAUUCCUUCCUCCAAGGCCAGGCAUCGCCAAGAGCUGUUGCCCAAAGGAGAGGCCCAGAGCCGGAAAAGGAUGAAAGUGGGAAGCCGACAGAAGCCAAGAAGGUCCCACCAGUCCUCUUGCCCCCCGACAACGAAGUUUCCUUGGCGGCUGAGAAACUGGCCAAAAAGAUCACCACCACUGUGGCUAAGAUGGAUAAGCUAGUAGAAGACAUCUCCACCCUCCAUACUUCCUCUGAUGACAGUUUCAGUCUCAGCUCGGAGGACCAUUGUCUUGACUGGCAGUAUGUUUCUGAUGAGGUCCAUGAAGCCCGCGCUCAGUCAUGCUCCCCGUGCCGGUUGUCUGACGCCGGCGGUUUCGUCAAGCGAGAAGAUCUGAGCCGGGCUCACCCCCUUUUACGGCUAAAGACCGCCUACACUAGCUUGUCCAAUGAUAGCCUCAAUAGCGGAAGCACCAGCGAUGGCUAUUGCACCAAGGAGCACAUGAAACCAUGUGCAAGAACCACCUUUGUGGACUUCAGGGAUGAAUUACACCGCUAUCAGAAACGGCCUAGCCGGCUCGACUUGAAGAACAUCCUGAUGAAUCGGCCGGAGAAGAUGGAACAGCCAGUGAAGAAACUUCCAGAGUCUGGGGAGGUGGCAGAGAAACCGGAACUUCUUGAGAAGUUCAAGAAAGCCACAGUUUCAUCUGGCAGAAUGGUUGCCGAGAAAGAAAAGGAAUGUGAGCAAAAAGAGCCGAGGAACGAGCUCGAUCCUGAUCCAAAGGUUCACACCAUUAAGCUCUCCCCGUCAUACCAACACAUCCCCUUCAUGGAAAAUGUGGACAAUGGAAUCAUGGGGCAGUCAGGAGGCAAAUCUUAUUAUUCCAUUUUGUCAGAACAGCUCAAUAAAAUUCCGGAGAAGCUCCCGGUUCAGAUGGCAGGACAAGGAGAACCGGAGCAGCUGCAGAAAUAUUCAGUGGAGGACACCCCAAUUUGCUUUUCCCGAUGCAGUUCCCUCUCAUCCCUUUCCUCAGCUGACAAUGUGCUGGAUGGGCAAAGCGAGAAUGAGAUGGACAGUGACUCCUCUUUGGAGAUCAUUGAAGUGGAACAAGUGGAUGAACCGCACAAGGAAGAUGAGAAGUCCAAAAGGGAAGUGGAACUUCUCCCUGCUGUCUCACAGCCCAUCUCCAUCCCCUUCCCCAAGAAAGAGAAGAUGUUCCUUCAGGGAACAUCACCAUCCCGACUUGAUGACUUAACCCCUUCCAGCUCCUCUGAGAACUAUAUCCAGGAAACGCCCUUGGUGAUGAGCCGCUGUAGUUCGGUCAGUUCCCUGGGCAGUUUUGAGAGUCCUUCCAUUGCCAGUUCGAUCCAAAGCGAGCCCUGCAGUGAAAUGAUUAGCGGCACCAUCAGCCCAAGUGAGUUGCCAGACAGUCCUGGGCAAACGAUGCCCCCAAGCCGCAGUAAGACGCCUCUCUUUGAACUGAAUGGCCAACCAGAGAAGGAGGCCAGCCAGUUCAACAUCCAGUGGGAGAACAACGUCAAGAAGUUCAUGGAGAUCACUGACUUCAAGGAACGUUUUCAGAUGCCCCAAGACCUGGACUCCAUGGUCUACUUCACUGUGGAGAAACCCAACGAGAACUUUUCCUGUGCCUCCAGCUUGAGCGCUUUGCCCCUCCAUGAGCACUACAUCCAAAAAGACGUUGAACUGAAACUUAUCCCCCCAUUCCCAGAAAAGAAUGGCUUGAGCUUCAUGGCCCAUGACAAGAGAGAAGAAGAGAGGGUCAUUGAGAGCCAAAGGAAGCCAGAAAGACUCGAAUUGACUUCCGACGAGGAUAUCGAGAUCUUGAAGGAAUGCAUCAAUUCAGCCAUGCCAUCCCGUUUUCGGAAGGUCCAUACCUCCCUCGUCUCAGGCCAGAUUUUGAACUCACAGUCCAAGAAAUCGAUGCAACUUCCGGUCUACAUGCUGGUCCCUGCCAAUUCCCAUUUGGGCAUCUCCAAGCAUAGACGGGCUGCUGUUGCCCAGCACAAAAGCUACAUCGGUGCCGAGGAGGAUUCCUUCACUGACUCUGCAGAAGGAACCCCAGUCAACUUCUCCAGCGCUGCUUCCCUGAGUGAUGAGACACUUCAGUACCCAAUGAAGGAGGAAGCAGACUCAAAGCAUUGUUCAGGGAAAAGGAAGGAACUGACUGGAGCAGGAAGCAAGAUGGAAGCCAGACAGUAUGAACGAGGUGGCCCAUGCGCUGGAAAACUGACCUCCAGCCACUCAACUCCAACCAAAAUGGUUUCCUCUUGCAAGCACAGGACUGGGUCAAACCACACCAGCCCACUUCACACAGGCAGGGCCCAAUCUGCCGAGUCCAGGAGAGGACGCAUUCCUCUCAAGAACCUGGAACUGACCCUUGUGAAGCACGGUGGUCUGAGGGCUUCUUCAGAGGGAAACCGUUCCAGGAAGGAAGCCUCCCGAGAGGACAAGGGGCAUGACGACAUGGUCUUCCCUUCCUUCUGUCACACCACGCCGACCGAAGAGGCGGUUUACUGUUUCUACGAGAAUGACUCGGAUGACCUGACAGAGUUGGGCGUGAAGAAUUCACCCAAGAGGAAAGCCAGCACUGCUGGGAAAGCCCAAAAGAAAGAGUGCUGGGUGGCCAAGAGGGAACCGGAGGUAAGUUCUAGGCCGCAGCAUCCUCAGGCUAAAACCAAGAUGGCGGCCAAGCUUCGCAGCAACCUCAUUGUGGACGAGACUCCGCCAUGUUAUUCCCUCAGCUCUUCGCUCAGUUCCCUCAGUGACCUGGAGGUCUACAGCAAUGGAGAGAGAGGGCAACUGUACGGCAACCGGGGUCUCCGCCGACCAUUGGCCCUCGCCCGCCGGCAUGAUUUGAGAGCAGCCUUGACGAAAAGGAGGGACAGUUCUGCCAGUUCCCUCAGUUACAAUUCGGAGGAUGAUCUCCUGCAGAAGUGUAUGGGCUUGGCCGUGCCUAAAAAGAGACGGCAUUCGGCCAAGAGGCGGAACGCUGAAAAGGAGCGGAAGGGACUCCGGGCCAAGGAGUGGAAGUCGGAGGCCAUGCUGGACGACGGAAGAGCAUCAGACUUGGACAGCGUGGACUGGAAAGCCAUUCAGGAAGGAGCAAACUCCAUUGUCACGUGGCUCCACCAAGCGUCCUCUUCCUUCAGGAGAGAGCCGUCUUCAGAAUCGGACUCCAUCCUCUCCUUCAUGUCCAGCCUUUCCACCAGCUCCCCUCUGGAGCUUUCCCAGGACAGGAAAGACAAGAAGAGAGGGAAGAAGUGCUCUGGUGGGGGUUACCUGGAGAAGAAAGAGCGUCCCAGGGCUUUCCAAGAUGGGAAGAAGCAGGUGGAAACCAGAAUAGCCAGCAACAGGAACGGGCAGCCAGAGAAAAAUGCAGGGCAGCAGACACCACUGACCAACUUACCAGUGGUCUUCCGUGGCCGAACAGUGAUCUACAUGCCCAAAGUGGCCAAGGAAUCCCAAGUGCAGAGCCCCAGGUGUACCCCUAAGAAAACAGGGCCUGUAACGAAGACUGAGUCCCCCCUGAAGAAUGGAAACCUGAACCAGCAGAGAUCCCGGAGUCUCCACAGGCCAGGAAAGAUUUCAGAGAUUGCAGACCUUUCCUUGCCCAAACGGAGUGCGACACCUCCUGCCCGCAUGACCAAAGCGCCUUCUUCGGGAUCGUCCAGGACGUCCACACCAUCACAGCCCAACCAAAAGAAGCUGACAUCACCAUCACAACAGCAGCCCAGCAGGCAAGCAUCGCCUCGUGGUAGUGUGAAGGCAGAUUCGAACUCCAGCUCCCCUGGUGCCAACCCCAAACCGGCCCAGAAAUCGCCUGCCCCAAAGCAACAUAAAACACAGAAAUCCCCUGUCCGCAUCCCCUUCAUGCAAAAACCUGCAAAGAAGACUAUAUUGAUGAGGAAUACCAUGCCGGUGUUGGAGGAACAAGUGGGGCGUGGGUGUGUUGCGGGCAGAGAUCCCAGACCCAAGAGCAAUGUGAAAGGCACCCUUCAGUCCAGCCGGCUCAAUUUGGUCCGGGUCUCUUCGGCAAGAUCGGUCAGCGGUGAGUCCGACCGCUCAGGCUUCCUGCGGCAGCUGACGUUCAUCAAGGAAUCCUCCACUCUUCUCAUGCGGCACCGCACUGAGCUCUCUUCCUCAGAGCCCAGGUCUUCCUCUCCCUGCUCCUCUCUCUCCCAAGGCGCUUCUCCUCGGAGAGGCAGGCUCGGCCUCCCAACAGUAUUUCUCUGUUCAUCCAGGUGUGAUGACCUCAAGGCGGAGAAGCCUCUUGGUGCAAGCCAACGGCCUGUCAUCCCUCGGGGGCCUCUUUCUGGCCAACGAGCCCCUGUUGGGAUCAAGCCUCCAAGGCGAACCAGUUCGGAAAGCCCCUCCAGGCUCCCAGUGAAAACAAACAACCUCCCCCCAGAGCCCUUCAAGCGUUAUUCUUCAUCCCCUCAGAUUAACGUCACCAAGCGGACCGCCAGUCCAGCAUCCACAGUGCCAUGUUGUCCCGAAUCGCUGGCUGCGAGGAAGAAGAGCGAGGAGGGCCUCAAACUGCCAGUGGUACCUGCUCCAGGGAUUCCAGAGAAACACCCAGGAGAUGAACAUGUGCAACAUCAGCCACAACAACAGCAGCCAUCCAUGGUGAGAGGGACGUGGAAGAGAAUCCGCGAUGAAGACAUUACCCAUAUCCUGAAAAGCACCCUCCCAUCAACUGCACUGCCGCUGGUCAAUGCUUUGCAGGAAGAAGCGGACCAACAGGCCCUGAAAGCUCUCCAGAGGAAGACAAGCGAUGCUGUCGUCCAAACAGAAGACUUCCCCACCACCAAGACCAACUCCAGUACCUCCCCGACACUGGAGAUCCCGCGGGAGAUGCCCAAAAUCUCCUCCGAGGGCUAUGACGGUUCGGGCAAAGCCACAGCGGUGCCCCUCUCUUUGACCCACGAAGGGCCCAUCAGCUCCUUGGGGAACUUUCCACCCAGCAGGCAUGGCUCGCCCAGCCGUGCUGCACGGGUGACCCCUUUCAACUACACCCCGAGCCCCAUGGCGGAGCCGCCGGUCAGUGACAAACAGCCGGAGAAGGUGGACGUUUGACAGCCUAAACAGUUGCCCUCUGCUAAGUUUCUGGGAUGGAUGUCACCUUGUUUCCAUCCCAUGCUCUUAUAAAAAAAAACCAAGGAGGAAUUGGGAUGUCAGGUGUUUACACAAGACUGCUGGCGAACAAUAUUUAUUCCCUUUCUUUCUUUUCUUUCUUAAUAUAUUUUGGAACCGCUCACUGGAUCCCCCCCCCCCCCCAAAAUAUAUGUUCACCCACAAUAUCUUCAGGUGUGCAAUGCAACCUGUCUGCAUUGUUUUGUCGGCAACGGUGCUACAUCGGAAACAUUGGAGGGAGGAAGAAGAGGACAACGUCAAGAGGAGCAUUUUCCCCCAGACUCAGAGACACAGAUGUUUGGAUAUUGGAUCCUUCCAGCCGCAAAACCUUUUGGAUCCAUGCCUCCCGCACUGAAUUUGAUGUGAUACCAGUACUUUGGAUUUCCACAAUCAUGCCUCUUUCCACACGUGGACGACGUCUGUUUCGUCUUUUUGUACAAAACCACCCAGGCUCCAUUUUGAAAUGCAACCACAUUGUUGGCAAGUGAGAUAUUGCAGGCUACGACUCCCAUUUGGAUGAGAAUGGCUUGCAUUCUUAACUGUGAUUCCCGAUCUGAAAGACCAUCUAGAUAAAAAAGACCUCUGCAAGUACUGAGAGUUUCCAAACUUGUUUUGAUUGUCGUCCCUCCAUAGACAGGAGUUUCCAUCCAGUCUCUUCCUUGGAAUUUCUUUUCCUGCUUUUGUCUUCCUCCUCCCCGCCUUGAUCCGUGUCACAUCCAGCCUCACGCAACGUGUCAGGAAUUGAUUUUGAAAUUAUUCUGAUCACAGUCGGAGCAGGAAAGGGCUUUAGCAAUAUUACACUUGUUAAGCACUAAGA